AUAAUCACUCUUAGCUUUGACAUAUGCGUAACAAGUCGUGUUUUAUUAUUUAUUUUUAGAUUGGUGGAUAAAUAUUUAACACAAUUUAAACACCAGUUUCAACAAAUUCAAAUGUACUGUUAAGUGUUAAGUGCUCGAUCAAAAAAAUUACGCGGCCCAAAGUGUGUGCAAACCAUUUCGAUUUGACGACAAAUCGAGCUCUCUAUUUUCUAUGUAAGGCGUCGACAAGCUGUCCAAUACUCUGCCGGCCAAAACGACCAAUACAAAUUAGAAAUCACCAUUAAGGGAAUCGAAAAUGCUCGCACGCAAAUACGAACUGAGUCCACGGAUGCCGCUGGUCCACGAGAAGAUCGCUCUCCAGUGUGCACUGAACAUCAGCAAGUUGGCUUCAUCAUUGCCGAAGCCGCGCAACCGUUUCGACGAACUUCCUGUGCUGGUGGAAUUGCGUCGCUGCGACGAAGAUGUCCUUUAUCGCUAUCAGGUCAAUCUGCCUGCCAGCUGCCUUGAUCCCGAGCCGCAGCAGAUGAAUGCCGCCGAGGUGACAGCACUCACCAAGCAGCUACAACUGCCCUGUAUCGUGCACGGCUACACCAAGGAGCACGGUUCGAGUGCUCAGAAUACACUGAUUAUGUUGCAGGAGGCGGUGCAUGUGGUUCACAAUCGUGAACGGAACGACGACAGCCAGCCAGGCAUCAAUGAAGCCAUUUCAACAUUCCAAUGCUCGCCAUUUGCCUGUAAAGCCUCCCAAAGGACCCAAGAUCAUUUCAUGGCUGCUCUCCACCAAUACGAGUCCAGGCCACUGGCGUCCAAGUUGCUUUCCGAUAGACAGAGCGAGGAACAUAACACAGAGGACGAGUUGCAGCCACAUUUGUAUCAGGUGUCACAAGGUACUUAUAUCAGCCCGAAUAAUGGAAUCUAUAACGGCUACAGCAUAGUUGGACCACCCAUUCGUCACCAAUUUAACGAACCCCAGAAAACUGUAAACAGCCCAAAAUCUGAGCAACAGCAACCCUUAAAGUUGCUCAAUGGGUACAAAUCCACCAGGUACCCUAAUUAUAAUCACAACGAUAACAGACACAUGUAUCGUGAGAAGAAAGCUGGAAAUUGCAACCAACUAUCAAUUGUGGCAAGAGUAGCACCAUCACCACCACAGUCAAAGAUUCGCCCAUCCAAUGGCUACAACCCAUCGAUACCUAACUCGGCUCUCAGCCGCAAUUUAAGGGAUAACCGUGCCAAGCAAUUGGAUCCGAUGCUGGAAUGCGCGUCUCUGCGCAAUGCUAAAACACAUGGGUUGUGGAUGGCGGAGAUGCAAGCAUCUUAUGGAUUUCUGCCGCGUGUUGAUAAUUAUGGCCAACAAAUCGAGCUGCAGCGAGAACUGCAGUUAAGAAGAAAACGAGAUCAGGAUAUCCAGCAUCAGAAGCUAAUCGAGCAACGAGUCCACAAGGAUUCCCAAUUGAUAUCGCAGGUGCCGCAAGAGUUGCAGUCACUAUUCCAAUGGGACAGCUGUCGCCUGUGCCACACGGCACUGACAUCGAAACGUAAUGCUCUGGAUCAUUACUUGUCGCGCACCCAUCUGCGACGGGUGGAAACCUGGCUAAUCCAGAAUAGCUUUGGCAUGGGAAACCUGUCCGAGGAGAUGUUGCGCCAUCUGCGCAGCUCGGGACCCGCCAUCCUGCACUGCGAUCUGUGCGAUCUGAAGCUAUCCUCGAUGUUGCAUGCCUGGCAGCACUUCUGUGGACGGCGCCAUCGGCUCGUGGAGCGUCGGAUUAGCAAGCCGAAUGGUGAGGGCUACUACGACAAGGCAGGCAACUGGGUCCGCACCAAUGAUAAAUGGCUGAUGUGCCAUCUGUGCGAUGUGAUUGUCACAUCGGAGUCGCAACUAGGUCUGCACAUGGCCGGUCUGCGGCAUCGCAAGCGUGAAAGAUCCAACUUUGGCUCAUCUUCGACAGAUACGUUCGAUGGCAGCUUCAUCCAUCGGAUCACGGGGAAUGGUACGCUGGUGCCGCUAAAUCCAUUCGGCACCUACAUGUACGCCGGUCGCAACAGGCGGGACAUUCACAUGAUGGAUGACGUGAAUGCCAACUAUUAUUGCGAGCUAUGCAACAAAACGCUUAAUCAUAAGAAGUCGGCGCAACAGCACGUUGAGGGACGGGCACACAGUAAGAAACUGGAGAGGAAUAAACAAGAAACAAGAACAGUAUGCAUCUAAAUAUCUGAAUCAGGUACGCUGACCGAUCAUAAACAAAUCGAUCGAUCGAUCUCAGCCCCACCACGGCAAUCAAACGGGCCGUAUUACUUGCAAUUUAUAUAUUUGAACUAUGUAACAUUUCAUAUGUUUUGAAAUAGCACUUAAAUAUAAUAUAAUGUAAUAUAAUAUAAAA